UAAUUACGGAUAGUUCAGUAUAUUGGUGUAAGGCUACCUAAAUUUCCCCGGUACAUAACUUAUAAUAUUAUGUCUUAACACCGUUAUAAUAAAGAGUACACUCAUUCAUAAUAUAUUGCAGCUCGAUUUGCGUACAGUGUGUUUUGUUAUAUAUUUCAACAACAUCGUGGUCCAUUGACAUUAGUAUAUAUAUAUACUUGUAACGAAGUAUAAACUGUCUUAUUCGCACUCUAAUAACGUCAUUGAUACAAUGACUCACACUGUUGGUGAAGAUGGAUCCACGGUUGAAUAUUGCAUCAAACGAGCAAGUAGUAUCAAUAGUAGUGCUACUCCUGUAAACGGCUGUUUCACAGGUUCUGUUAGAAAUACAAAACAAUCAUAUAGCAACGACCUACUGGCUACGCGUGUUCCAUGGGCUGUAAGGAGCUAUCCCGACAAUAAAUCUUCAAGGACGUGUAAUGCUAAUGAUAUUCCCUUCUGCACCGCUCUUAGUAUAGAUGAAGCUGAACGACUAGGUGCUCAAUAUAUAGCUCUGCAAAAGUGUGACGCAGAAAAGAACGCUGCACAUAUUGUUGAUGCUGUUAGUACAUGUGCCGUGCUUGUCAUUGGUGCAGGGGGUCUGGGCUCACCAUUGCUGUUAUAUCUUGCAGCGGGUGGAAUCGGUAUCAUCGGUGUUAUGGACGGCGACGUCGUAGAAGUUUCUAAUCUCCAUAGACAAAUAAUACAUGAUGAGGAGAGUCGAGGGAUGAACAAAGCUCUGUCUGCUACAAAUCGCAUGUUAAAAAUCAAUUCUAAAGGCAAAUACAUCGCAUAUCAGCGUUUUUUCGGUGUAUCGGAAGCUGAUGAAAUACUUCCUUUAUAUGAUAUAAUAGUGGAUGCCACAGACAACCCCCAAAGCAGAUAUCUAAUCAAUGAUGCUUGUGUGAAGUAUAAUAAGACCUUAGUAAUCGCUAGCUCUAUAGGGACACAAGGGCAACUAAUGGUGUUUAACCGUUCUAAGAAUGUGGAAGUUACUCCGUGUUAUAAGUGCAUCUGUCCAAUAGAAAAUCCUUUAAUCACAUCGGUCAGGGGAGCAUGUAGCUUUGCCGGUGUUCUAGGCACCAUACCUGGUAUAUUUGGAUGUCUCCAAGCCAACGAAGUUAUUAAACUUGCUGCCGGUAUUGAUAAUGCGGUAUUAUCACCUGGUUACAUGUUACUUUACGAUACUAUCAAUGUAACUAGACCGUUUAGGUGCAUCCAAGUAAAGAAGAGCUCAUCAUGUAAAGCUUGUGGUGAUAAUGCAGUAAUAAAACUUGAGUUAUUGCCAUCUCAAUGUUCUGUUAUGAAUACCAUAGAGGACGAUGUUGCAAUCAGUAACCAAUCAUUCUUGAACAUUUACAUGGCCAGCGUCACUAAUUGUGGUCCUAGGUUGGUAAAGGUAUGCUUUGGCAACAAAGGUCCUAUAUUGAAUCAAAAUGGUGAAGAGUACGUCAUAUCGUUGGUAGAUGUUAGGCCUAAGGAGCAUUAUAGUAUGUGCCACUUAACUGGAGCAAAGAGCUGGCCCAUUAAUGACAUGAUGGACGAUUUGUUUUUCGACGAUGCCCAAAGGUACAUUGGAAAGACUAAGGAUUUCGAGAACAUUUUAUACAAGAAAUGCUUUGGUAACGAAAAGAAGCAGCGUGCAUUAAUCUUUUUUAUAUGCUUUUUGGGGAAUUCAUCACGCACUGCAACAGAGUUAGUUCGAAGGGUGAUUGAGAAUUGUACUUCAAAUACAUUAAUCAAAUGCUAUUCAGUCGCUGGAGGGUGUCGAGGUAUUCGCACAAUAAGUGGUAUAUCAAUGCCUCUAUCGUAGUAUGACUGUCUAAAUAUCUAAUAACGAAACAAUACAAGUAAGAUGCUAUGGACUAAAAGACAUCACAACAUAAUUUCGCAACAACAAAACCCUCAGCUCUAAGUAAACAUUGAAUGAGUAACUCGACAUAUUAAACAAUCCC